UUUCACGUACCAAUCAUAACCUAAAGUUAUCUCAACUCUGCAAACUUCCCGAUAGUGACAAUUAACUCAAUAUUAAAUUACCCACAAUUAUCUGUACUAAUUUUAACGCCUGAUCUCGGCUUUCAAAACAUAUAAUAAUAUAUUACUACACCUAAUAAGUUUGGUCGGUUAAACUUAGUUAUUGCAUAUGUAAUCAUUGUAAAAUCGGAAAAUACAACAAAUAAUUGCCAACCACAAAUUUGUUUAUAUAUAAUUUAUGUUCGAAACGUACGAAAUCAAGUACGAAUUUGUAAAGCAGUGCAAUGCGUUUAUUAUCACUACAAAUUCACUGAUUAGUGACUGUUUGAUUGGAGUUGAAUUUUGUUUUGUAAAAUAAAAGUGAUUACUGUAAAGCCAUGGGUUCUGAAGUUGAGGAUUUACCAUUUACUUCAAUAGAAGAUUCCGAUGAUUCUUUACUGGAUAUUAAAGAGUUGAAUGAUGCUGAGUUUGAUUUACCCUCAACAACCUUACCAUCGCUGGAGAGUAUUCUUUGGGACAUGGAGUCUGAAGAAGGAAGUGAUAAUCAAUCCAUACAUUCCUUGCAAAGUUUGACUAUGAAGCUGAAGUCAAUGCUUUAUCAUUGCAUUUUGAAUGGAAUAUCAACUCAAGUGACAUCUGCAGCUGAAAGAGUUGGUGCUGGUUUACCAACUGUGAUUACAAACAGUUCUAAAUAUGUUGCCAUUGGCACUUCUCAUGGCUAUGCAUUAGCAUUUGAUUCUGAACAGAAGCUAUGUUGGUGUUCUCAUGAUGAAAUUAGUGUUGAUCAGGGUGCCAUAUCAGCAAUGGCUUUCAAUGGUGAUUCUACCAGGCUACUAAUUGGGUUUGAACGAGGAUACAUCUUAAUGCUGGAUGCGAUAAACGGUGACGUUUUAAGACGUUUGCCAGAUGCACACGCUCCUCAAACAGCCGUUCUACAAUUAAGAUUCACGGCUUCGAAUAAUUUGGCACUCGUGGGCGACUCGUCGGGUUGCGUUUUCUCGUUAAACUUUGUACGCCGCUUGGGUGUACGCAGCUGGGACUCCAAAUGCUUGUUCUCGGGCGCCAGGGGCGAAGUGUGUUGCUUUGAACCGCUGGUGCUGGCGCAGGAAAUGUUGGGACAACAUUAUAUAGUUGCAUUAGCUACCUUAUCUAAGGUGAUCAUAAUAACCAUAAAACCACGACUUAAAGUUCUAUUCAGUCAACAACUACCUCGCUUGCCGUCCUGCCUACCUCUGCUUUCAUGGCAAAUGGUUCUGGUCGGUAAGACGCAUCAACCAGUUCUUGCUUGGGGCCGAGGCAGCGAUUUAAACUACACUAGAAUCAUCCGCACCGGCAUCAAUCGCAACAAACUACGCCUAACUCUAUUACGCCAUGUUCAACUACCGUUCACGAUGAUUGCCAUCCACUGGGUGGGCAACCGACACCUCGCUAUUAUGGAUACGAGCGAAAACCUAAGACUGAUUGAAGUGCGUUCACAGAAAGAGUUGGAAAUGCUUGAACUUGCAAACGCAGGACUUGUCUACAAUUCGGCGCAUUUUAAAGCUUUAGCAGUCGGUGGAGGUGUAUCUGAGGCGUUUGCACUAGCAGGUGAACGCGCAUGCUACAACAGUCUUUCUUGCAGAGGUGAUCAACUGCUUAUUCUUGGAACGAAAGCGGUCCAUCUCGUGAAACUUCGCACAUGGCACGAACGACUUUUAUAUUUGAGCGAUCAAGGACGAUGGGCUGAGGCGCUGAAUCUCGCUGCCGAAGAGGGCUCCAAUCGCGAAAAAAGCACUGUUUUGCUUUUAGAUAAAUAUAUAAACAGUCUGAAACAUUCCUACGUCGCCGAUCGCGAGAGUCUCACUGCUGCGAUUAACUGUUGCAUCAAGUUGAACAAAAUUGACAUUUUAUGCACCGAGUUAUGGGACAGAAUAUCAACGGAUCCUUACGAAAAGGAUGUGUAUUAUCUACUCAUAACUGAAUGUAUCAUCGGGGGAUCAUUGACUUUUCUGCAGCCCAGUGUGACACAAUCGCUUGUGGCAUAUCUUGAACAAAAGGAUAUUGAACUAUUGUCGGCAGUUUUGCUAUCGCUGGAUUUGAUUUGCCUUGAUCUGCAUCAAGUGUUGAGUAUUUGCAAGAAACGCAAGUUGUACGAUGCGUGGAUUCACAUUACGACCAAAACGAUUGGGGAUUACACCUGUCCGCUGACUGAAUUUUUACACGAGUUAACUCCGGAGAAUCAUUCACUUGGCAACACGAUUAUUGUUUAUGUUAGCGCUUGCUUGGGCGGUUUGGGGUAUCCGAAGGGCAUUAUUCCACAUGAGGAAGUUUCACGCGUUAAGUUUGAUAUCCUGCGGUGUUUGCAAGCCGUGCAUUCUGUGAAUGCCAAGGAGAACGAACAGUCUUAUCCAUAUUUGCGAGCGUUGCUCAAGUAUAACAUACGAGAAUGUUUGAAUGUGAUCAAGUUAGCAUUUACUGAAAAUGAAUUCUCGGGUGAGAUGGGUCUUUUACAACGACAGCGAUUAGUGGAGAUUCUGAUACAAAUUGUGGGACCACCAGAAUUUAACGAGUGCCAAAUUACAAUAUUGGCAUGCUUCAUUGCCAAGCUAGUAACAUCAAACAACUUAAAAGUAGAUGAACCUACUUUAAACUCAGUUAUCAAAUCACUUACUGAAACUAAGCAUGAAUUAUCUAAUCGAGAUCAUUCGGAAAGAGAGCAGGCAUGUUUGGACCUCUUGCAUGAAAACAAAUUGGGGCAUUUAACCAACGACGAGCUUUUGAAAAUUGCACUGGAAUCGCGAUGCUACAAAGUGGCGGAGUUUGUAUACGAAAGUCAGAAAGACUACAGUAACAUUUUAAGCUGCUACCUUAAUGACCAACUUCGCAAAGGUGAUGUGUUCAACUAUAUUCUCACACAUAUUCGGGUUUCGCACCGUAAAAUUCGCCAACAAUUUCUCGCCCACUUCAAAGAACUCGUUGCUAUAGACGUGCGCAAAUGCGUCGACAUCAUUAUCGAACACUUUCCCAACUCUGUGGAAGAAUAUUUCGCAUUAAUCAAAUCCGAUGACGAUGUAUCGUUUUUGUUUUUAAGUGAGUUAGUAGUGAGCGACAUUAAGAUGAUCCCGGAAAUGGCUGAAUGGCACCUGGAACUUUUGUGUAAAAUACCUGAAGAUAUCAAAGUUGUGAAAAAUUAUUUACGAAUGGGUUUAUGUCGCAUUGAGCAAGCUUUGGAAAUCACAAAAAAAUAUGACAAACAUGAAGCGACUAGUCUACUCUUGGAACAAAUGGGCGAAUUUAAGGUGGCAUUGGACUUGUUGCUUGAGCAUGGAUUGACUGAAUCAGCGGUAGAUUUGUGUGUUAGAGGAGCAGACCAUUUAAGCGCAGAAGAAAGCCAAAAGCUAUGGCUGUCGUUGCUGAAGCAUCCGCAGAGCAGUAAAAAAUUAUCUCUGAGAGAACUGAUACAUUCGGCAGCUCCACACGUCCCACCAACGCAACUCUUUGAAUUGGUGUCGGAUGCCAAUUUUGGGGAUAUCAAAGGACUGCUCCAAGGCAUGCUUGCUGAUUGUCGGCAUGACAUUGAAGUAUACAAUACAACUUUAAAGUUGUUAGGACGAGAUUAUCAUCAAAGUUUAGCCAAAUCAAUUUCACUGAGUGGAAAAGGUUUAAGUAUACAAAAGCUACAGUGCAGUACCUGUCAAUCGCCAUUGUACCUGCCGUUCGUACCGAAUGCAGACGAGCAGAAGGUCUCGGUGUGGGGAUGCGGGCACGCGUUCCAUUUCAAUUGCAUAUCAACAGAGGAGACGACGUGCCCGUUCUGUCGGUGCGAGGCGACACGCUGGAACCCGAACGAACCAAAGAAAACGAAAACGAAGAAGACGAGUGUGCCGCACAAGCAGGCGCGUCCGAACGUCGAGGGACACUUUUAAUACCUUCUCUAGUCGAAUCGCAAUGUAUUUAUGAGUUUGAAUAUCCAUAUUUGAGUCUUAUAUGUUGAUAUAAUAUUUAUGAAUAUCGUUACGCCCCGCGUCCCAAAUUGAUUAUGAUGCGCCGGUGUUAGUAUUAUUUUAACAAAAUUAUUGUGAUAUAUUAUUUAUAUUAUUCGCCCUAUUGAUGAGGUAGAUAAAAAUAUUCAGAUUAUCAUGGGAACAUGCAA